ACCUUUCAACUUGGCUGCAACAGCACUCCAUCAUCCAUCAUCCAAGAGCAGGGACUUGCUGAAAAUCAAUGGUUGAGUUAGCCCGCUGAUUUUCCUACCCAACCCCCACCUCAACAUAUCGAUUCUCCCUCAGCCACUAGAAUCUAGUGCGCCAUGUUUCCGACAGUUCGCCUGCUCCAUCCCUGCCGCAUCACACUCUUCACCCGGGAUGGCUGCGGUCUCUGCGUCAGAGCCAAGUCGGCCCUCUCAAACGUUUGGGACCGCCGGCCCUUUGACUUCCACGAGGUCAAGAUUACGACCCCCGAGGCAAAACCUUGGAAAGACUUGUAUGACUUUGACGUGCCCGUGAUUCACUUUGCGAAGUCGGGUGCCCCAGACGAGGACCCCAAAUUGGUGACAAAAGCCCUCAAGCUCAUGCACCGCUUCGAUCCAGCCGAUGUCGAGGCCAAGAUGGACGAGAUUGAGCAGACCAGGGCACAAUGACAGCCCUGUUCACGUCGCUCAUGUAACACUAUGUAAUACCAAAGUCUGAAGACUUGUGAGGGAGACUUGCAUGAAGAAUUGGGCGGAGUCUCGCAACCAAGUUUAUUCGGCCGUUACGUCCACUAGUACAUAUACCGCGCCUGCAUAUAUGUAAUCCCUGGCAGAAAAUACACCUGGAUAGACCAUCA